UGAACAAAGACCAGGGCCUCCUCUGAUAAGGAACAUGACAUUUCAUCCAGUUGGCUCCAGUUAAAAAAUAUCUUGUAGCUAAAGGUAUGCAAGACAAUGAAUGUUGGUGUUAACACUUCUGGAAUUGCUAAAAAAAAGAAAGUCAAAUUGAAAGUAAAUGUACAUUUGAUCAUAAACUUGACCGAAUGUAACAUGAGUGUAUGCUGUUUGGUAUCAUCUCUCUGCUUCUAUAAUAAUUGCAUUAAAAUGUGAAUGCUUUCAAGAGGGAACGAUCCAAACAAUCAAAUUUUUGUCACGCCAUCUUUUCUGCAGACGAAGAACUGUGUCCAGCCUUAUCAAAACAGGAUAUGUACGACUUUGGCAGAAAAAAUAAAAGAAUCCCAUUAUGCAUAUCCAUGACAUGCUGUGCCCCUCCCUGUCUUUCCCUUUGUCCCACCUCUGUCAGCACAGGGAACAAGAAGGGGGGGAGUCAUUUAGCACAAAUGGGGAGGAGAGAGCUGUUAGUGGUUGCCUUGAAAGUCAGGCCAAAGCUCAGAGGCACCGAGUUAGGCACUGGGGAACAUCCACUCAGGGAAUCUGAUGUUUUUUCAGGUGAUUAUACUGGAUAAACACAUUGCUAACUGUUGGCGAUGAAGAUAGUUAUGGAUCAGAUUUGUCGGAAACUGCAAUUGGGGCGUUACAGUGGACUGAGAUGAAAAAUACAUAAAGAUGGCACCCGAUUACCUCAAAUUCCUGUGAAGGAGCAGCAAAAUGGGAAAUGCCAUGCGAGGUGUCAUCGCCUUCAUUCCGUCAAAACGCUGUCAGCGCUUCCUAGUGGGGGACCUGGAGGAGAUGCCGCUUGAUCGGACUCUGGACCUGAGUAGCCGUCAGUUGCGCCAGUUCCCUGUUGCUGCUUGUGUCUUUGAUGAGCUGGUGAAGCUCUAUCUGAGCGACAACAACCUUAGCAGUUUGCCUGAUGAACUCGACCGCCUGAGGAAGCUUCAGCUUCUGGCUCUUGACUUUAACUGCUUUGAGGAGCUACCUGCAGCUGUCUGCAGACUGCCUCAGCUUAACAUCCUUUACUUGGGUAACAACAAACUCUUCUACCUCCCCGAGGAACUCCAAGACCUGAAGGAACUUAACACCCUGUGGCUGGAGACAAAUUGCUUUACAGUCUUCCCAAUUGUGAUUUGUGAGCUUCCCAAUCUCAAGACCCUGCACCUUGGCUACAACCAAAUACGCUGCUUACCCUAUGAACUUAACAGGCUGGAAGAACUGAGAAGUAUUUGGCUGGCUGGGAACGAGCUGACGGAGUUCCCGCCAGUGUUGUUGGAAAUGCACUUCCUUGCUGUCAUUGACGUGGAUCGCAACAAAAUCCAGCGCUUCCCCGCCCUCUCAUAUUUGCAGGGGCUAAAACUAGUCAUCUAUGACCACAAUCCAUGUGUCAAUGCACCAAUGGUGGCUGAAGGAGUCCGAAGGGUCGGGCGUUGGGCGGACUGCUCCGACGAUGAACAGGAAGACGAGGGUUCGAAAGCCAAGGUCUCAGAGAUGGAGCCAGAGGAGGAGCCCAACGUUUAAGGUCACGUCACAAAGUGACAUUCAGCUGUGAAGAGGCCUGAAAGGACAGGACGUCACUCAAGUGGAUCACUUGAAGCACAGGGGUGUGCAGAGGCCUUCAUACCAUUGGUAUUUGAGCCAUAUAUGGGAAGGCAACAUGUAACAUGUUGGUCAUAAGGGAAAAAAAGGGUUCCUAAAUCAAAAUGACUGCAGCUCGCGACAGGCCAAAGAACCAUAUUUAGUUACUACUGUAUGUAGUACGUCAAAAUAAAUACCAAUAGCAUUUAUUCAUUUGAUUGCAUUUUAGUAUUUCCAAUGAAGGGCCUAGAUAAGGUUAUGUAAUGCGAGUUUAUUUUAGUGGUUUGUUUUAUGCCUUUUGUGUGUGUGCAUGUGUGUGUGGAGGGGGGGGGCACAUGCAAAAAGUCAAAUAACUUAUUUUUUCUGGUGCCCAAAAACUUGAUUGAUAGAAACAGUGUACACUAUGUGGGUCUUUGCAAUGAAAAGCAUGCAGUGUUGUUUUUUUGCCACGAUUACACUUAUUUUACAGUUUGGCAAUUUGGCUGAAAGGUUCAGCCCUUUUUCAGGUUCUCUGGGUUCCAGCAGAAUCUGCAUGAUAUAUCAAAACCUUGUGUAUAUUGUCAACUAUUUUGUGUUGGUUUGGCACUUGGACAAAAAGAUAAAACAGCUUAAAUUAGGAUUGCAGAGCA